UGGGAAGCCGACAGCUGGGACAUAUCAUUUCGUGGGCAGACCUACUUAAUUAGUUCUAGGAUAAGCCACAAAAAAGGAAGCGCGUUAGUGUGUUUACCUCCCACGUGUUCCCUAGCUAGGCCUGCUGUAUUCUACUGCCCUACUGUAGCAUCGCAGGAAUGUCUGUCAAGAUUGGUAUAAUUGGGGGAUCAGGUCUUUCUGACCCGGACCUUUUGAAAAAUGGAGCUGAACAAGAAGUGGAUACACCAUUUGGAAAGCCAUCAGACAGUCUGAAGACUGGUGAGAUUGCCGGAGUGCCAUGCGUACUCCUAGCCAGACACGGGCGCUCCCACGCCACCAUGCCCACCAAUGUCAACUUCCGAGCUAACAUAUGGGCACUCAAAAUGGUCGGUUGUACACAUCUUUUGGUGACUACUGCAUGCGGAUCCCUACAGGAAAACAUACACCCGGGGGAAAUUGUUGUCCUGGACCAGUUCAUUGACAGAACACAGAAAAGAAUACAAACGUUUCAUGAUGGAUCUGAAAAUGCUCCACCUGGUAUUUGUCACAUGCCUAUGGCUGAACCCUUCUGUCCUAGAACAAGUCAGCUUCUGUACGACUGUGCAAAAGAGCUUUCGAUUGGGUGCCACAAAGGGGGCACUAUGCUGACCAUCGAGGGACCACGGUUUUCUUCAAAAGCUGAGAGCAAGCUCUUCCAUUCCUGGGGAGCUCAUUGUAUAAACAUGACAACAGUACCUGAGGUUGUGUUAGCUAAGGAAGCAGGACUUUGCUAUGCGUCAAUGGCUCUUGUCACAGAUUACGACAGCUGGCGGGACAAUACUGAAAGUGUCAAUGUUCAAAAUGUCAUGAAGACGUUCAAGUUAAACGCCUCCAAUGCACUGAAAGUACUAAUGAAGGCCAUCCCACUGAUUGGACAACAGGACUGGAGUGAAACCAUUAAGGCAAAUCAGGAUAUGGUCAAGUCCAACACGAUGUUACCACAUAGCUACUGACCGGGAGGAAAUCCAUCACUUUGACUUCAGCUACACAAUAGCUUAAGUUUACACCUGUACUAUAUAUAUAUGCAAACUUUUUAACCAUGAAAAUUCAACGAGUUGUAAUUGUGUUAUUCCAAAUGUAUUCUGAAUCCAUCUCAGUGAUGUUUGGCUCCAACAGGGUUAACUGCAAUUACUGUAUAAAGACCAGGAAUCAACCCUUCUUUGUAACUGCAACUAAAUCAUACCUAACGUUUCUGAUUUUGAUACCAUUUAAUUGUCUAAACAGAACUCUGUCUUAUUCAGAAACCUGUAUAAACCAGCUAACAAAGUGCCCAGAGAUACACAUUUCUGUGUAAGUUGAAUAUAUUUAAUCUGAAAAAACAGCCUGUUCUUGAUGAAAAUCUUGGUUCCCAAGGUGUUUGAGUUAAAUGGUCAGCUAUUGGGUGUUGCAACAUGUGAAAUUUUCCACACCUAUUUCAGUGAUGACCAUACUUCAUAAAUUACAACCAAAUUGAGCUAAAGAGAAAUUUCAAUAAAGUGACGCUAGAUGGUAACUAAGAACAAUUGAAACCUAUCACACAGAUGUAUACUGAAACUAUGAACUUGAAUCGAACAAUAGUCUCAAAGGACUUCUAGUUCAUAUGAUUUUAUACUACUUUUGGUUGUGAUUGAAGAAACAUGUGCAUCACUGAAUCAGGUGUGGAUAGUUCUACAUGUAGCACCACCCAGUAACUGGUUAUAUAAUAGGAAGACCAAAGUCAAGGUGUAGAAGAAAACAUCACAAUCAAAAUCCUUUACCCUACAACAAAUUUCACUUUUUGUCUUUGGAUGCAAAGUAGCCAAUCAUAGAUAUUUAUUUUAAACUUCAACCUUCUUUUGUAAACUUCACAACUAAAUAUCAUAUCGGUACAUCACAAUUUUUGCCCAUUUUGAAAUUUCCUUCUUGUUAAGCAAAAAUAAACUGGGGUAAAUAUUUUAGUUUCCAGUAGUUUAUGGAUUAAAUGAGCUAAAAACAAUCGUGGGUUAAACCCAAAAAGUUUGGAAAAUCCAUAUACAGGUAUAUCCGGUGGCCUACGAGUCAAAAUUCUCAUUAAAACACCAUGUUAUAUUGUCAUUAAACUUUACGACUUGCAAUCACUUGAACAACGAUGUCUCAUCAGUGAGAAGGUAUGGCUAGUUAGCCCUCACUCUAAUUGUUAACUUCUGUUACAUCUCUAUAUAUAAUCAGAUUUUAUUAUUAUUAUUCUCGUUUUCGCCUGCUUUGUGAUAAAUAUUUUGCAUUGUAUAGGUCAUGGUCUGAAGAUAUCACGGAAUCAUUUUGAAUAUAUGGUAAUCAAUUAAAAAUCAAAGAUGGCUGCCAGAACCCAAAAUAUUAUAUGUUUUUUUCAUAAUUUGUAACCAGUAUAGUCUUGCCUGUACCCCCAUGUAUUGGGUAUAAUGUAUAACUGUUAUUAUUUCGAUAUUUUAUUUUCGUUAUAUAGGGGUGUUGACCCAUUUACUGACGAAAAACAGUCGACCAAAGUUCAAUCAAAAGUUAGGUUAGUACAUUGUACAAUCAAACCUGUGUGAGAGGCCACCACUAUUAACCGACCAACUAUGUAAAGAGACCACUUAGAUGUCCCAAAUGCACUUAUUUUCAUGUUAACUGGACUUGUAUAUGGGAUCACCUGCAAUACAAGACCAAUUUAUUGACUUCCUGCAGGUGUUCUCAAAAUACAGGUGUGGCUAUGUGUGACUGUAUAAUAGUGUUUCAUCUUUUGGAGGACGAGGUGCCACUUUUGUUUUUGCAAAUUAUAGACGUGAAUCUAUCAACAAGUAUCUUACAAAAUGUAAGUGAUACAUUUUUUUUUAUGAAAUGCAUCAUAAAGGUCAAUGUACCUUGAGGGGGUAGUGAGAAUUUUACAUCAAUUUUGUUGAAUUUUUGUUUGUCUCAUUCUGUACUUUCAAUAUAAAUUUACCAGCAACACAUGGAUGUUUUUCAUAACUGUUAAUAAAGUUUCUCUAAAAAAAUAAAAAUUGUAAGUAUCUUUUUUUAAUGUUUUCUAUAUCCAAACAAAUUAUGUACUGAACAGUAGUUGCUAUUUAGAUUAAUAUAAUUCUUGGUACCUGAAUACAUGUAUAUGAAGCACACAAA